AUGACAGACUCGAACAACAAUAUUCAAAAUCGACUGAUCUCGGGAGGUUAUGGAAGUGGAGGCGAGGGCGGAAAAGGCGGUGGAUCUGGUGGAGGAGGCGGCGGUGGUGGUGGCGGAGGUGGAGGCGGUGGUGGCGGCAAAGGUGGUGGGCGUGGUGGAGAUGGAGGCGGAAAAAAGGGCAGCGAAGACAAAGACGAGGAUUCAAAAAAAGACGGAGAACAAGAAUCAAAUCCAGAAAAAAAGAAAAAUCCCAAUGAUGGCGAAGAUGGAGGAUCAGGACGUGGUGGACGCGGAGGCGGUAAAGGAGGAGGCCGGGGCGGUGAUGGUGGAGGCUCCAAAAAAUCAGAAAACAAAGACAACGACCAAAACAGUAAGAAGUAA